UGUCUUAUAAUAUCUUAUGUUUAGGUGGAAUUCAUAUUAUGAUGCGAUGAAAUGCAUUCUUGAAAAUAUUGAAAAAAUUGAAGAUGUGUGUAAUGAUUUACAACUAACUACCAUUUCAGGACCUCGUGAAAUCUCAUUUUUACAAGAAUAUUGCAAUGUCACGAAACCUAUAUCUAGAGCAUUGGAUAUAUUGCAGGGUGAUAAAAACGUAUCUUUGGGAUAUUUGCUCCCUACUAUUAAUGCAGUACAUAAAUCAUUGAACGAUAUGAAGAAUAUAGUUUUCUGUAGACCAUUAAUUAUUGCACUUAAAAGAGGAUUAAAUAAAAGAUUCACAAGAUAUAUGGAGUCAAAUAUGUGGCUGCCUGUUUGAUACCAAAAUUCAAACUCAAUUGGGCUGUAGAAGAUGAUCGAAACAACAUAAAAAAUUCACUUAUAGAAACAUUGGAAACCAUAAUAGAUAACGCAUCAUUAACGAAUUCCCAAGAUCUACAAUCUACAUCUAACAUCACAUCUACUGAACAUCAUAAUAGUGACAUUGAGGAUGAUUUUUUUAAUUUUGAGGAAAAUAAUUCAAUAAUUUCAAAUAUUGAUUAUAAACUUCUUGUUGACAAUUAUUUAUCAAAUAAAAAUAUUAAAUCUCCUUCAGAGUUACCAAAUCCCCUUAAAGAAUUAUACAUAAAGUAUAACACUGCCGUUCCUUCAUCUGCUCAUGUUGAGCGGCUCUUUAGUGCUGGAGGACAGUUAUUAAACAAGAGGAGGGGAUCAAUGGCCGAUCACAAUUUUGAAAUGACACUAUUAUUAAAAUUCAAUAAAUAUUUU